UAGCGUGACUCUCCUUUUACAGCUCGUUGGAGUCUAAGGAGAAAAUAUGGAGCUCCGUGUUUGGCUUAUCUCCACCGUUUUUAGUUUAGUUAAUUUAACACCGUUAAUUUUACCCGAAGAAGAAUAUCCAUUCAAACAAUGGAUGUCACAGCACAACAAAAGUUACGACACUGAGGAGUACUACAACCGCCUCCACAUAUUCAUUGAGAAUAAGAGGGAAAUUGAUCAUCAUAAUGCUGGGAAUCACUCGUUCACAAUGAGCCUGAAUCAGUUUUCAGACAUGAAAUUUGAGGAAUUCAGGAAAUUAUUCCUUUUGACAGAGCCUCAGAACUGCUCAGCUACUACAGGGGGUCAUGUCAGCAGGGCUGGUCCUUUUCCCGAGUUUGUGGACUGGAGGAAGAACGGCAACGUUGUGACUCCUGUGAAGAACCAGGGUCAAUGUGGAAGCUGUUGGACCUUCUCUACUACUGGCUGUUUGGAGUCAGUGAAUGCUAUCGCUACCGGGAAGCUAAUACCUCUGUCUGAGCAGCAGCUGAUAGACUGUGCCCAAGACUUCAACAAUCAUGGAUGCAUGGGUGGCCUCCCCAGCCAGGCAUUUGAGUACAUCAAAUACAACAAUGGCCUCAUGACGGAGGAGGAUUACCCCUACAAAGGCCUUGACGACACUUGCCGGUUUGAACCUGCACUUGCAGCUGUUUUCGUCCUGGAUGUUGUCAACAUAACAAGUUAUGAUGAGAAGGCCAUGGUCGAUGCUGUGGCCCGGCUCAACCCGGUUUCCUUCGGCUUUGAGGUCACGGCUGAUUUCAUGUCCUACAAAGAAGGUGUUUACACCAGCACCCAGUGUAAGAACACAGCAGACAUGGUGAAUCAUGCAGUCCUGGCUGUGGGUUACGGCGCUGAAGAGAACGGCACGCCAUAUUGGAUUGUGAAGAACUCUUGGGGCCCAGACUGGGGCAUGGACGGAUACUUUUUGAUCGAGCGAGAAAAAAACAUGUGCGGACUGGCGACAUGUUCUUCCUACCCUCUACCUUCAGUUUGAGGAGUAACAUGGCGGCAAUAAAGUGGAAGAAACAACGUGCAUGGGACGUUGACGUGAUGGGACGUCGGUGCUUUUAAGUACAAGUCUAAAAUUUCAAACUGUUACAAAAAUUAAAUAUUUGUUUGUCACACAAUGAACAUUACUGUGUGGUGCAUUUGUUUUUCUAUUGAGGUAACGAUGUGUGCUUGUUUUCAUUUAUCAUCUGUGUCUUCUGUUUCAUAGUGUGGUGGUUUGUGGAAAUCUUUGAGACAAUUAUUAAGAAAUCUCUUCAGACCAAUCACGUCAUGUUAUGGCAGAGGGUCUUGGAUUUCAUUUGUCCUCUUUAUGGCUUCAUUAAGAAAACAUCAAAUGUGUAUCAGGCUGCUUUUCUGACCACCCAGAUGAACAAACGUGAGAGAAAGUCAUGCACAAAAGGCUCAUUAAGAAUCAUCUGUCAGUUUAUUUCCAUUUGUUUUUAUAAUAAACAGUUUUCCCCUUACGUCCUCACCUUA